AUGUUGUCUUCCGGCUUCGCGAACGCUCCAGUCUCCAAAUCGCUGGUCAUCUACAUAGUCGUAUCGUCAAUUGCUUUAUCCAUAUUCGACGUCAAAUAUCUCGCUCAUAUCCUUGUUGACAUCCACUUAUGGCGAUAUGGACAAUUCUCGCGUAUCUUUCUCUGGCAGGUAGCGGGGUAUGCCAAUUCGACGGAGGUUUUGUUUGCUGCAAUGCUUGCAUACCAUAUGCGGGUGGUUGAGCGCAUUUGGGGAUCUAGGAAGUUAGCCACGUUCUUAGUGACCGUCCUGCCUUAUACUACGAUCAUCACACCUCUCUUUCUCGCCCUUGUGCUGCGACCCCUGUCGCUCGGCACUUUGAACUAUCUACCAUCCGGACCUACAGCGGUUCUGUUUGCUCUUCUAGCGCAAUACCACUCAUCUAUUCCUCAUACAUUCAAAUAUCGUAUUUCGACAACCGGGGGAAGCGCAAACCGUCAGAAUACUACGUCAUCAAACGAGGAAAAUGCCAACGACAACUCCAAACGUUCCCUGACAAUAUUACUGUCGGAUAAGUCAACAACCUACCUUGUUGCAGCGCAGCUAGCCCUGUCCCAAUUUCCAGCAUCUCUCCUGCCGGCAUUUGUCGGAUGGGCUAUCGGAACUUCAUGGCGUGCAGAUAUUCUACCAGGGUCCCGAAGUUGGAGGGUACCAGCUUGGAUAGUCGGAGAGAAAGAGACGAGACGUCCUACCGGCAAUUCCUCGGCCGCUAGUGGGCAUGGCGUGGGUGGAGAUGGCGAGGAUAGUGAAAGAUAUGCAGAUUUGAGAAGACGUUUAGACGCAGCAUCUGCUGCGGCAGCGCAACAGGGUACGAGCAGUGGAGUAGAAGGAUCGUCUGGGCAAUCACAGCGGCGGCCUUUAUUGGAGCGAUUCAGGGGUGUUUUUUAGCCUUAAGUUCUAGGCUUGACGAAAUCGAACUGCUGUCUCUAUUUUUAUUCUC